AUGUUAGUUAAUGAAGGCUGGUUUGAAGUGUUGAGGAUCUUUGUUGUUGGUUUGCUGGGUUUGCAGAGCAUCAGGUGGUCUGGAUAUCCGGCUGUUCUUACGUGUGUGCUGGUCUUGACCUUGAGCUUCCUGGUCUUUGAGAUUGUAGUCGGCCAAAUCUGCAGAUCUCUCCUCAUCGCUGCGGACACCUUCCAUACGCUUUACGUUUUCAUAAAUCUGGCUCUAUCAGCAAUAAAGCAUCAUUCUAGUUCUCCCUGCUCACCCGAUACCUCCACGACUGCUGGUCCAUCCCGUCCAAACAUCUCUGCUUCAGGAGGUCCGAGUCCUCUGUAUGCUGAGGACUACAGAAGAAUGCGUCUCAAACCCUUCGGCAUCCUGAUCUCAGCUCAUGGCAUCGCACUCAUGGCAUCGCAGUGUGUCUCCAUUAGUCUGGAGAUUCUCACUCAUCUUGUCCAGCCAGAACCCAUUCAACACUCACUCCGGUCCAUUGUGGUUGGAGGAACUAGUCUGAUAUUCAAUAUACGUGUAUGGGCCUGGAGAAGAAGCAGCAGCGGGAUUGAAGAAGCUGCUGAUGGGAUCAGCAAGAGUCUGAUUCAGCUCCACAUUCUGUGGCUUCUGUAUUUUAUUAUGAUCGGUAAGGUGAAGCAUCUGCAGCAGAACGGCUGUGAGGAUCUUGAUGAUCACUGGGUUGUAGGAAGUGCUCUCCAGGAUGACACACUGAUGUUCUGCAACCCUGAAGCAUCUAGUGUUCUGGAUCCAGAUCCAGGCUGUCAGGACGGUUCUGCUGAGUUCCCAAACCACAGCAUCUCUGAUCCGGUUCAGUCCGGUCGUGCUCAAACGCCCACUCCCCGUAUCGCUGGAAGAUCUCAGGAAAUCAUUCAGCAUUCAGAGCAACUUCCAGAAGAAGCACGUCACUCCACCUGCACUGAACCCAGCGUUUUUGGUUUUUUGGACGGAUCAAGCUUGCAAAAGUCACCUUUGAAGGCGAGGGCCAUUGCUGAGGCACCAGCUGCAAACCAGCUCAUGUGA